CCACCAAAGAAAAGUCAACAAAGUUUAGACUCGGGGGUGGAGACACCGCUAACCAUGAAGUGGCAACGCCCUGUCUCCGCUAGGGAUGUUCCAGAUGCCUUUGGGAUGGACAGGCGCCCUGAUCCGACCGAUGUCGAAAUUUGGCGCUAUGCUUGGAAAAAGGAAUAACACCUCCGGUCACUUCCGCCCUCUAAGUCCACCUUUGCAUAUUGAGAGACAGUAAAUAGGUUUCUCUCGUCGCCUAGCGCCUUAGCGUAUGUGGGUAAGCACAAGAAAGUGUCUGAACAUGCGAUUGUCCUGGCAUUGGCUGCAUUAGCUCUUCGCAUCCCCUCUGCCCCCGUUGAAUCAAAACAAAGGUACUCCCCACGGUAAUUCUGGUGCUCAGAUUUUCUCUUUCUUUGUUUUCCCAGCUGCAUCCAGCUGCACUCAUUAUGUCUUCUCGUCAGGCGAAGCAGAUGAGCACAACCGGUAUGCACGAGAUCGGUAGCCCCUCGAGCAUUGAGCUCGACGAUGCCAAUCUGGCACGUAUGGGAAAACUGCCAGUCCUGAAGCGAAACUUCGGAUUGAUGUCGAUAUUGGGGUUUAGUUGUACGAUUUUGAUUACUUGGGAGGGAAUUGUUGUGCUAUUUCUUCAAGCCUACUCAAAUGGCGGCCCUGCUGGUGCAGUCUACGGCUUUAUCUUUGUCUGGAUCGGAGUCGCGUCCACAUUCGUCGUCCUUUCAGAGUUAGCUUCGAUGGCUCCAACCUCUGGCGGUCAGUACCACUGGUGCUCGAUGCUUGCCCCACGGUCCGUCAUGAAGCUCUUUAGCUAUAUAACUGGCUGGCUUACCGUUAUCGGAUGGCAAGCAACUUAUGCAACCUCUUGCUUUCUAUGUGGAACCCUUAUCCAGGGAUUGAUCGUUCUUACGCGGAGCAGCUACAAACCAAAGAAUUGGCAUACGACAUUUUUUUUCUGGGCUGUCGCACUAUUUUCGGUUGCUAUCAACUCGGUCGGUGGGAAACUUCUACCAAGAUUCGAGGGGUUCAUCCUCAUCCUGCACGUCCUCGGAUUCUUCGCUAUCCUGAUUCCCCUUACUUACAUGGCGGAUCAUGGAUCGGCGCAUGACGUUUUCACACAAUUUUUGAACAUGGGCGAAUUCCCAUCUCAGGGUCUUUCGUUCUUCGUUGGUAUGGUUGGAUGUGUAUUUGCAUUUGCUGGUGGCGAUGCCGCUGUGCACAUGUCCGAGGAAAUUACCAACGCUUCAACGGCAGUUCCGACAUCAAUAAUGCUCAGUGUCUUGAUCAAUGGAUCUCUAGGUUUCGGUAUGCUGCUAGCGAUGCUUUUCUGCCUGGGGGACAUCGAAGCCGCACUCGGGUCGCCCACUGGCUACCCUUUCAUGGCAAUUUUCUUGCAGGCGACAGGGUCUGUUCCUGGGACCGCAGUCAUGUCCUCCAUUGUCACCACAAUGGGUAUCACUACCUCUGUCGGUAUGCUAGCUUCUGCAUCCCGCCAAUUUUGGUCUUUCGCUCGCGAUCGGGGCAUUCCAGGUUGGCGAAUCUGGAGCCAGGUUCAUGCAGGCACCGGUGUCCCCAUCUACUCGGUCCUUCUUACAACUUGUGUUGUCUGCCUCCUUGCCCUUAUCCCCAUCGGAUCCUCGGUCGCCUUCAAUGAUCUUGUCGCCAUGUCUAUUUCCGGUCUCUAUCUAUCGUACAUGGUCGUGGCUGGUCUGCUCCUCUACAGACGCUGCACGGGUGGAAUUAGCAAUGCCCGAAGCAGCGACUCAGCAGUUGUCAACACCGUCGGCGCGAAGCUUGUUUGGGGCCCAUUCCAUCUGCCAGGUAUUUGGGGCAUCUUGGUCAAUUCCUUUGCUCUCGUCUACAUGACUAUUGCGGUUUUCUUCAGCUUCUGGCCUCCCUCUUGGGCUGUUACUGUCCAAAGUAUGAACUUCAGCGUAGUAGGAACCGCUGGUGUGAUCUGCCUCAGCCUUGUAUACUACGCCAUUCGAGCAAGAAAGAUAUACGAUGGCCCGAUCGUGGAAAUUGAGUAGAUCUUGUUGACAGCAAAGAUUUACUUACUUUGGGGGGUUGUAUGAUAGUAUUCUUGUUAAUAUUCUGAAAUUAGAAUUGAAUCAGUGUAUAUAUUCAAUGAAUUCCGAUGGGGUUUGAAGGCAAUCCAUUGCAAUAUGAGAUACUCCCUUUUCGUGGGAUUUAAUCUCACACUUUUUGACCUUC